GCCCGCCCAGCAGCACCUGGGAAACGCCCGCGCGGUUUGGGGCAGGCGUGGCCGUCGGGGCGGAGGGCGGUGGCCGGCCGCGGUCCGGGCGUCAGGCCGGGCGGCGGGGGCGGCAGGGAGGCGGCGCUCUGGGGCCGCAGGCGGACGUACUCUGUGAGCGGCGCCCGGGCGCCUGGGCAGGCGCCUCCCGAGUACCGGCGCCCAUUUUGCCCGCCCGCUAAGGAGACCCGUGCGCGGCCUACACGCUUGGGGGACAGCCCUUUAAGACGACAUCUCCGCGAACGCCGGCCUCUUGAGCCAGGGGGACGCUCUUUUGAAAGUCAGUCCCAAAACAUUUUCUGGAUAUGCCGCAGAAGGAUCCGUGCCAGAAGCAAGCCUGUGAGAUACAGAAAUGUUUACAAGCCAACAGCUACAUGGAAUCAAAGUGUCAGGCUGUCAUCCAAGAACUGCGUAAGUGUUGUGCUCAGUAUCCCAAGGGAAGAUCUGUCGUCUGUUCAGGAUUUGAAAAAGAAGAAGAAGAAAACCUAACACUGAAGUCUGCAUCAAAGUAAAGUUCUGCUGAAGUGCUGCUCCAUGUUUCCACCAAAUGAAUUUUUUUUUAUCCUCCUGACUUUCUUCAGGCCAGGUAGCAGCAAAUAGCAAAUGAAAAAGUCAGCUAGAAAAGUUAAUGAAUAUGCCAUCUAUGCAGAACAGGCAGAAAUAUAAACACAUUAAAAGACAAAUAUGUAGAAUGUAAUAUACUGAGCUGCUAAAAUAAACCUGUUUAAGAGAAAAA